UCCAGUUUCUCGAGCAAAAAAAAGCAAUAACCUAUACUCCCGUCCCGCACCGACGUCAGCGGGGACGACUCGGAACCUUCUAGGAUCUUCCAAGCGCGAUGGAUCUCUGGGAGAGGGCCCGGUCCUUCGCCGGCGAGGCGGCCAAGCGGUCGCAGGAGCUGUCGCUGGAGGCGGCCAAGCGGUCGUCGGUGCUGGUGUCGGAGACGGCCAAGAAGUCCAAGGAGAUCUUCUCGGAGACCGCCACCAAGUCCCGCGAGAUCGCCGCGGAGGCCACGAAGCAGGCCGACCUCCUCGCCGGCCAGAUCAUGCACCUCGCCUCCGACAUCCCCGUCCCCUCCAUCCCGCCAAUCUCCGCGAUCCCGCCCCUCCCCUCCGCGGCCGAGUCGGCGCCCGACGCCGCCGAGCUCGAGCGCUACGGCAUCACCGAAGACCUCCGCGAGUUCGUCAACGGCAUGACCAUAAGCACCUUCCGCGACUUCCCCUUGCAAGAUGAGCCGGAGAUGUCGGAUGUGCCCACGGUGUCGAAUGUGCGUCAGGAUCUGAACGAAUGGCAGGCUAGGCACGCCACUCUUGUCCUCUCGGCCGUCAAGGAAAUUUCAAAGUUCAGAUAUGAGCUGUGCCCACGAUACAUGAAAGAGCGUAAAUUCUGGCGAAUUUAUUUUUUGCUAGUAAACAACUACGUAACUCCUUAUGAGAUGAAAUAUUUUGAGGAGCUGAAAGUGAAAGCCGAGGAGGAAAAAAUUGUUUCUGAGAAGGAAUUAUCACAGACCCCACAAGCUACCACUUCACCAGAACAGAAAGAUACAAAAGUGCCAAACAAGACGUCUAUCUCAUCAAGUCGAGAGCAAGAUCUAGAUGUUUUUCUUCUCGGAGAUUUGGGCAGUGAUGACGAGGGUCCUGAUGAUGGUGAUGAUGAUGGGCUAGACGAUGACUUCGAUAAGAUAGAUGGUGCAACAGGCUUAGAAAGUGACGAGGACGACGAGAAGAAGCCAGCAGCAGGCAAGGCUGAAAGUGGGAAGGAGUAGCUCUGGUCAUUUGCGAUGAUGCUUUCCUUAGUAUACACAGGUGGGGUUGAUGAUGAUGAAGGCGCGAGUGCACAGCUUGAAUUCCAGCUGCCACUGUAAAUUAGAAUGUUUACAUAUUUGCUGUCUCCUGAUGAAGCUAUGCUAUUCUUGUUGUGAUUGAAGUCUAUAGAACGGUUACUCCUGCUCUGCCUUUUUUUUUUGUCUAGGGUGUUUCAAUUCUUCCUACGCAGUUAUUCUUUAGAGCGGUGAACUAAACAGAGACCGGAUUGAUUUCUCUGUCAAAUAAAAUACCCCUUCUAUUCCA